UUUUUUUUAACAAAGUCGCAACCUCUCACUGGUGGGAACCGUCGAAAGUCGCGACACCGUUUAAGUCAUAAAUUAUGAGAAGGAUGGCGGAGGAGAUCCAACCGACCAUGGAGCAGAGCUCCUGGAUGUUAAGUUGGCUUCCUUCUUGGUGCCCCACUUCUCCUACUAAGCUCAAAGAUGCUGAGGAGAAAAUGCUCAAGACUGUGAAGCGACCUUUCUCCAGGCAGCACGUCCGGAUAUCCAGCUCCAACUAUCUGUGGACCUUAGCUUUUAAUGCCCAGCCUCGGCCGAGCUCCCUGUCUCACCCUCCCAGGACUCCUCUGGUUCUGCUGCACGGUUUUGGAGGAGGGGUCGCCCUUUGGGCCCAGAACCUGGACGCUCUCUCCAGCAGCGGACCGGUCUACGCCCUGGACCUGCUGGGAUUCGGCAGGAGCAGCCGUCCCCAGUUCAGCAUUGACCCCGAGGGGGCGGAGGAGCAGUUUGUGGAGGCCCUGGAAGAGUGGAGGGAGAAGGUGGGGCUGGAGGACGUGGUACUGCUGGGACACAACCUUGGAGGAUACCUGUCCGCGGCCUACGCGCUCAAAUACCCGCACAGGGUAAAACAUCUGCUGCUGGUAGAGCCGUGGGGAUUCCCAGCACGUCCAGAGAACCCCCACCACACAUCCAUUCCAGUGUGGAUCAGAGCCAUGGGGGCAGUCAUGAGCCCCUUCAACCCUCUAGCUGGACUCAGGCUGGCUGGACCUUUAGGUCCAAUGCUGGUCCAGACCAUCAGGUCUGAUUUCAAGCAGAAAUACUCCUCUGUGUUUGACGACAACACUGUGUCCGACUACAUCUACCACCUGAACGCCCAGACUCCAAGUGGAGAGACGGCCUUUAAGAACAUGACCAUUCCCUAUGGCUGGGCUAAGAGACCCAUGCUGGAGAGGAUCGACCAGGUCCAAGCGCACAUUCCCAUUUCUUUCAUCUAUGGCUCACGCUCCAGCAUUGACAGCGACUCCGGAUAUGCAUUCAAGAAAACCAGACCAGAUGUUGAAAUUACAGUAAUCAGAGGAGCUGGCCAUUACGUUUUCGCAGACCAGCCCGAGGACUUCAACCAGACGGUCCUCCAGAUUCUCGCCAGGGCAGAGGGGAAAAGCAAAGAUGAGGGAACAAUGCAGUGAGAAUUCCCUUUCUGGGGAAAACACACAGGAGAGCACAUGGAUUAACAAACCCAUUUCACAACCACAGCCUCCUUAUCAUGCACUUUACUCUAAGAGAGACCCAUCACUGAGGACACUUGACUCAUCGUUCCACAGUCUAAUACUCCCUGAGGUUUGGGGUCUAAAGUGGGAUUUUGUUAAUGGGUUCCUUUAUCCAGCCUGGUGUAAAUACAGUUUGUAAAUAAAUGUGAACUGCA